CCUCCUCCUCCUCCUCCUCCUCGAGCUGCCGUUUUGGCGCCAAAUUGUAAAGCGGACGUGUCCAGCAUGGAGCCGGCGUUUCCCCGGGGCCGUGACGUUGUCCCUGCCUCAGACGGCAGCGAGACGAACGGUGGGGGUCAGACGCAGGCGAGCUGCCUGAAUGGGUAUGGCUGUGAAACACCCUGUAAAAAACGUGAUGACUAUUUGGAGUGGCCUGAAUAUUUCAUGGCUGUAGCUUUCUUGUCGGCACAAAGAAGCAAAGAUCCAAAUUCUCAGGUUGGUGCAUGUAUUGUGAAUUCAGAAAACAAGAUUGUUGGGAUUGGAUACAACGGCAUGCCUAAUGGAUGCAGUGAUGACUUGCUACCUUGGACCAGAAUAGCAGAUAGUAAACUUGACACAAAAUAUCCAUAUGUGUGUCAUGCUGAACUGAACGCCAUAAUGAACAAGAACUCUGCUGAUGUGAAAGGCUGCAGCAUGUAUGUUGCCUUGUUUCCGUGUAAUGAAUGUGCAAAGCUCAUCAUCCAGGCAGGUAUAAAAGAAGUCAUUUUUAUGUCUGACAAAUAUCACGAUACUUUGGAGAUGACAGCUGCACGGCGCUUGUUUGAUUUAGCUGGAAUUAUAUACAGGAAAUUCAAACCUAAGUGCAGUAAGAUAGUCAUUGAUUUUGAUUCAAUUAACAGCAGACCAUGUCAAAAGCCUCUGUGAGUUACAUCUAAUUAAAUCUCUAGAAGAUUGUGA